AUGGGCGCCGGCCAGCGUAUGGCGUCUCCGCCUGCGGCGGUGGCCGUGCCUCUCCUGCUUCUGUUCGUCGUGCCCUUCUGGAGCCAUGUGGCGUCGGCGCACGGCGGCGCUUCGGCCUGGACGACGGCGCUGCAGAAGCACGUGGCGUUCUUCGACGCCGACAACGACGGCAUCGUUUCCUUCUCCGAGACCGAGCAAGGGCUUCGAGCCAUCGGUCUUGGAGCUGCCGAGGCCACCGUCAAGGCAACCUUGAUCAACGGAGUCAUCGGACCCAAGACCAGACCUGAAAAUGCUACGACGUCGAAGUUGUCAAUAUACAUAGAGAACAUCCACCAAGGGAUCCACGGAAGUGACAGCGGCUCGUACGAUGCUCAAGGAAGGUUUGUUCCCGUGAAGUUCAACGAGAUAUUCACCAAGCAUGCCAAGGUCGAACCGAACGCUGUGAACGAGAGCGAGCUGGAGGCGAUGCGCACCGCGAACAGGAAGGACGGCGACGACAUAGGAAGGGCGGCGUCGAAGGCGGAGUGGGACUUGCUGUACAGCCUCGCCAAGGACAAGGACGGCUUCCUUCACAAGGACAACGCACGCACCGUCUUCGACGACACCCUCUUCGUUCAGCUGGCGAAGAAGGUCAACUGA